AUAUAAAUAUCGAUUACUGUACGAGAUAUACAAUAAUCGAUAUAUGUCGUUUAUGUGAAGUGAAAGAAUUUUGUCAAACAACGUGCAGUUUGAACGUAUAUCGAUGGAUCGAAGAAACAUCGAAAGAAGUAAAUUUGAAAUCUUUGGGUGAAAAAUUGAAAUAUUUGAAUUCUACAAAACUAUGAAAGAUAAUAAAUAUCAAGUUUAUUAUCUUCACCAUUUUAUUAUAGGAUUUAUUUUCGUCUUGACGUCAUUCCAAGUAAUUUUUUCAACCAUAACGUUGAUAUUAUUACAGACUACAAAUUCAUUAUCAAUCGAAAGAACAGCGACGGAACAAAUAAAUUGCAUUAAAUCAAAAAAUAUUCCGUUUAAAGGAACAAUAAAUGUAACAAAAACUGGAGAAGUGUGCUUAUAUUGGAAUGACCAACGUAUCGCUAAUGUCGUCCGCAAUUCGUUUCCUAAUCGUUACGAGACACUUUUUGGGCAUAAUUUUUGUAGAAAUCCAGAUAACGACGAACUACCGUGGUGUUUUGUAUCUAAGCGAAAGUUUGAAUAUUGUGACAUUCCGAAUUGUAAAGAAAAUAAAGAAGUUUCGAGCUGCCCUCAGAACCUUUUUCAAUGUCAAAUAAAUGAAUGUAUUCGUUCUGAGUGGGUCUGCGAUAAAACCAUCGAUUGUACUAAUGGAAAGGAUGAAGAAACCUGUGAGUGCAAAGAUGAUCAGUUUCAGUGUUCUAAUGGCAAAUGCAUUCGUAAUAUAUUUCUGUGUGACAAACAAAACGAUUGUAUGGAUAACAGCGAUGAAGCAGAAGACAGAUGUAACGAUAGCUUGAAAAUACGUCUCGUCAAUGGACCUAAUAAAUACUCUGGUCGUGUUGAAAUUAAGAGGUUCGGCGUUUGGGGAACGAUUUGCGACGAUCUGUUUGAUGACGAAGAUGCAAAAGUCAUAUGUAGAUCAUUAGGUUAUUCAGGUCCAGCUAAAGCUCAUCUAGGAAGAACUUUUGGAGUUGGCACUGGACAAAUAUGGUUAGAUGAACUCGAAUGUCAAGGAUCGGAGAAGAGUUUACAAGAUUGCCCAAGCGCUUUAUGGGGACAAAAUAAUUGUAAUCAUGAAGAAGAUGCCGGAGUUACGUGUUCUGAGACUUCCCUUUUUAAGAAAAAAGUCAAUUUCAUUUUAGAAGAUAAUUAUUGCGGUAUAGCUACGACGUUCAACGUUACUACUACCGAUUUCUCUGCUGGAAGUGAUAAAAAGCGGUCCGUAACGAUACAAACACACGAAAGAAUAAUAGGCGGUUGGGUUGCUCCUUACGGUACUUAUCCGUGGCAAGUAGAUUUAAGAAUACGAACCACUGGUAAAAAAAGUAUUCAUUGGUGCGGAGGAACCAUUCUCUCGGAAUUCUUCAUCAUAUCAGUUGCUCAUUGUUUCAGAAAUUUUGCACCUUCUCUAUAUAUAGUUAGAGUUGGAGAAUACGAUGAGACUUUAAUUGAUAAAUACGAAGACGAUUUUGAAAUCAAAUAUGUUAAAAUUCAUGAAAACUUCGAAUCCGGUGGUUAUUUAGAUAACGAUAUUGCGAUGGUCAGAAUCAAAGAAAAAAUUGGCCACGGAAUCACAUUUAGCCCCUACGUAAGACCCAUUUGUUUGCCUAGUUUAAAUGCAUCUUACGCUGCAGGUACGGUGUGUACCAUAUCCGGCUGGGGUAAAAAUGAAUUUACACGUGGUAAAUAUAAUACAUUUUCAAAUAGUAUUUUAUAAUACAAUGUAAUUACUUAUUCAUUCGAAAUAUUCC